GAGAAAUAGUGCAAGUGAGAAAAUGGGCAACAAAGUGUCAAAAAGUAGUCCUUUAUAAAGGCAGCAAAUGUUUGCUAAUCUAACAAAGUAACCAUACUGCUUUCCUCUCACCACACUACUUUUGCCUUAUUUUUUUCACUCUUUCUUUCUUUUGUAGACAAAAUAUACAAAGAAUCCUACAUAAAAUUUAACUUACAUUUACUAAACUUUAGUUUAUGGAUAACCAAAGAAGUACUCAUCUUAAUUGGACUUACUUCUGCCAAGGCAAGGACAUGGAUGAGUUAAGACACACACUAUUGCUAACAACAGUGGAGCUAGAGAACACAAGAUUUAAAGCUCAAGAAGAGCUAAAAAUGAGAGAAGAUGAGAUACUCAAGCUAAAAGAUCUGCUAAACAGAACCAUCAACGAAAAGAAUGACGCUUUAGAGAAAUGUCAAAAACUAAUACUGGACAAAUUCAUACUCCAACAACAACAACAACUGCUUGUGUUCCAACAACCAGGUCCAGCAGGUCCAUUAUCUGGUGUAUCAAGCAUUGAAGAUGAACCUAUUAUAAACAACACAUUUUCUUCAUCAGAUUGUGAUGAAAGCAUUGUGUCUUCACCACAAGAACAAGAUUUGCCUAUUCUUGUAGACAAACCAUUGCCUGAAAAUGGCAAGUUCUUGCAAGCUGUAAUGAAAGCUGGACCAUUACUGCAGACACUUUUACUUGCUGGUCCUUUACCUCAAUGGCGCCACCCUCCACCACCUAUGGAUUCAUAUGAAAUCCCACCACCCCCUGUUGUUAUUCCAUCUCAAGAUUCAGUUUUUAAUGGCUUUAACAACUGUGGUAGACUAAACAAGAAGAGGGGUAGUGGUGGUUUGUUUGCUGAUUCUCAUGAUUCUAACAUUGGUAACAAGUAUCAAAGAGUUGUGCUUUGAGUUUCCAAGUUCUUGAUGGUACAAUUUAGUAAUAGUAUCACAUUCUUGUGGUUCGGUCCUUCCUUGAAUUUCACGUAUAGCGGGAGCCUACUACAUUAGAUUGCCUUUUUAAAAAGAUUUAGUAUUAGUAUCAGAUCCUUGUGGUUCGGCUCUUCCUAGUACCUCAUGCACAGCGGAAGCCUAUUGCAUUGGAUUGCCUUUAUUAAAAGAUUUGGUGUCAGUUCCUUGUGGUCCGGCCCUUCCUUGAACCGGCUCUUCCUAGUACCUCGUGCAUAGUGGAAGCCUAUUGCAUUGGAUUGCCUGGUGUCAGUUCCUUGUGGUCCGGCCCUUCCUUGAACCUCAUGCAUAGCGGGAACCUGCUGCAUCAGAUUGCCUUUAUUAAAAGAUUUAGUAUUGGUGUCAGAUUCUUGUGGUCUGGUUCUUUCUUGAAUCCCACGCAUAACGAGAGUUUAGUGCAUUGGAUUGUCUUUUUUCAAAAAAUGUAGUACUAGUAUCAGAUCCUUGUGGUUCGACCGUUUCUUGGAUUCACGCAUAGCGAGAGUUUAGUCUACCGGACUGCCUUUUGAUUUUUAUUUAGUACUACUAAUAUACAAAGAACUGAUUUUUAGAAAUUUUUGUACAAAAUUGAAGAGGUUUGAUUUAGGAAAGUGAGUGAGUGAUUAUGGGAGAUGAAGAUCCAAAAAUUUGACUUUUGUUUGUCUGAAGAGAAGGGAAAAGAAGAAAAAAGAUUAUUGUUAUGAGAUAUUCUUAGUUGUUUUUGGUUAAGUAAUAGUAUGUUGGUUGGAUUGUCACAUUCCUUCAUUAUUAUUAUAAUCAUUUUGUGUUUGAUUCUA